AUGGCCGAAAAGAUUGGUUUCGUGGGGUUGGGCAUCAUGGGGAAGCCCAUGGCCCGCAACCUGCUCAAAGCCGGGUAUGACGUGACCGUCUACGACAUCGUGGGCGAGGCAGUGGAAGAGGUGGUCGGCGACGGAGCUACCCCGGCAUCUUCCAGCCAGGAAGUGGCGGCAGCAACCGACAAGAUCAUAACCAUGCUUCCCGACUCGGCGGAUUCCGAGAAGGUGAUUCUGGGGCCCGACGGUGUACUGGAAGGAGCAUCUGCCGGGAAAACCGUGAUAGACAUGAGCUCCAUCGCCCCGCUUGUCUCCCAGCGUAUCGCCGCUGAGUGCGCAAAGAAGGGCGUCGAGAUGCUGGAUGCUCCGGUCAGCGGCGGGGAGCCCGGUGCCAUCAACGCCACCCUGGCCAUCAUGGUGGGUGGCAAACAGGAGAUCUUUGACCAGAACUUUGAUCUGCUCAAGGUCAUGGGCGGCAACGUCGUCCUUACCGGAGAUAUCGGGGCUGGUGGCGUUACCAAGCUGGCCAAUCAGAUCAUCGUGGCGGCCAAUAUCGAGGCCCUUGCCGAAGCAUUGGUGCUGGCCACCAAAGCCGGCGUCGAUCCGGAAAGGGUAUUCAAUGCCAUCCGCGGCGGUCUGGCUGGCAGCAAUGUCAUGGAAGCCAAGGCCCCGAUGAUGCUGUCCCGCAACUUCCGCGCCGGGUUCCGCGUUCGGCUGCACCAGAAGGACCUGCGGAACGUGCUGCAGACCGGCCAGGAGUUGAACGUGCCCCUGCCGGUAACCGCCCUGUUGCAGCAGAUGCUGGGGGCACUGGUAAACGAGGGUGAGCAGGAAUCCGACCAUUCCGCUCUGCUGAAGUUUGUCGAGGGUCUUGCCGGAAUCGAGGUUAAAGCGGGGGGAUAG